UUGGAACUACUUACUUGAACGAUGAAAGUUUUAGUAGUGUUAACAUUAGCGUUGGCUUGCGUCUCUGCAGCCUCUUUACCCGAAAAGGCUGUUUUUCCUAAGGACUUAAAAAGCCCUAAAGUUAUUGAGGGUCGUAUCACCAAUGGUUACGAAGCUUAUCCCGGUCAAUUUCCUUACCAAGUUGGCUUAUCUCUUAAUAGUGAUUCUGGAUCAUUUUGGUGCGGUGGUUCCUUGAUUGGCAAAGAAUGGGUGUUAACUGCUGCUCAUUGCACAGAUGGAAUCAAUCGUGUAACCGUAUACUUGGGAAGCACUGUUCGUACUGUUGCCAAGGUUCAUCACACUGUUGACCGCAGCUCCAUUUAUCAACAUGCUGAAUAUAAUCCUUAUACUUUUAACAACGAUGUAACUUUAAUCAGAAUUCCUGAAGUUAGCUAUAGUGAUGAAAUUCAACCCAUUAGACUACCAGCUAUUUCUGAAUCUUAUCCAACUUAUGCUGGCAAUUAUGCUACCGCCUCUGGCUGGGGACGUGACCACGAUUCUGGUGCCAUCGUAUCGCAGUUAAAUUACGCUUAUCUUCGAGUCAUCACCAAUGCCGAAUGUGCUCAAACCUAUGGCUCUAUGAUUACUAAUAAAAUUCUUUGUGUUUCGACUCCAAGUGGUACUUCCACUUGCCAGGGUGAUUCUGGCGGUCCUUUAGUUUUGGACUCUGAACUUAUUGGUGUGACAUCUUUUGUUUCGCUAGCUGGUUGCAAAUCUGGAUAUCCAGCUGGCUUUGCUCGUGUAACCAGUUACUUGGAAUGGAUCAAGAACUGCACUGGCAUAUCCUAUUAAUUAAGCUUUAGAAUAUUUAUAAUUUUGAAAAAUAAAAAUGUUUAAAUUUUAA